AUGGAGAGAGAGGGAGAACAACAGGAGGAGAGAGAGGAGGAGAAGAGCUGCAACUACAAUCUCCCAAAGCAUUGCGACAACAACGAAGUUCUCAAAGCUCUCUGUUCCGAAGCUGGUUGGGUUGUUGAAGAAGACGGAACCACUUAUCGCAAGGGACAUAAGCCACUUCCUGGUGAUAUAGCUGGAUCAUCGUCACGAGCCACUCCUUACUCUUCUUCUUAUAACCAAAGUCCUUUCGAGAGUCCUAUCCUUUCUUACCAAGUUAGUCCAUCGUCUUCUUCCUUCCCUAGCCCUUCUCGUGACAACAACAACAUCUCCACUAUCUUCCCUUUCCUUAGAAACGGUGGGAUACCUUCAUCGCUUCCUCCUCUCAGAAUCUCAAACAGUGCUCCUGUCACUCCACCUGUCUCUUCCCCAACUUCUAAACACCCCAAGCCGUUACCUACUUGGGAGUCUUUUACCAAACAGUCCAUGGCCAUUGCUGCUAAACAGUCAAUGUCGUCUUUUAACUACCCGUUUUACGCUGUUUCUGCACCCGCCAGUCCCACUCAUCAUCGUCAGUUUAAUGCUCCGGCUACUAUACCUGAGUGUGAUGAGUCUGAUGCUUCAACUGUUGAUUCUGGUCAUUGGAUAAGCUUUCAGAAGUUCUCGCAGCAGCCGUUUCGUGGCGUCUCUGCAAUAGUGCCGGCUUCUCCUACUUUCAAUCUAGUGAAACCGCCUGUGCCUCAGGGGUUGUCUCCAAACACUGGAGCGAUACAAGAGAUUGGACAGAGCUCGGAGUUUAAAUUUGAGAACAGGCAAGUUACGCCGUGGGAAGGGGAGAAGAUCCAUGAUGUGGCUAUGGAGGAUCUUGAGCUUACACUUGGAAAUGCUAAAGGUCGUUAA